AUGCCUGUUUUCACCGAAUACGCUACCUCCACACGCGAGCUUCGCGUCCUUCCCUCCUUCGCUCCUCCACUACCCCGUCUCAACCCGGACUAUCCCCACGAUGGUCUCUCCGGGAGAUACGAGGUCGUCAUCGUCGGCGCCGGUCCCGCCGGCCUCAUGCUCAACCUGCUGCUGGCACGAUACGGCCUGACGGAUGCAUCUCUGCUGUGCGUGGAUGCAAAACCGGAGACUCUGAAAUCUGGACAAGCUGAUGGUCUUCAGCCCCGGACACUCGAAGUCCUCAAGUCGCUGGGACUAGCGGACGAGAUUCUCGGCGAUGGAUGCCACAUGGAGGAGGUUGCAUUCUGGAACCCUUCCUCCGACCCGGACGAGGUGAUCGAACGCACGGCCAUCGUGCCAGAUGUUGCUGUGCCGGCGCGGUUUCGUCACGAGAUCACCAUUCACCAGGGUCGCAUCGAGAGAAUACUCGAGACUGAUCUGCUGCGGUAUUCGAGAAGGGGCGUGCAACGGAAUACUAGGCUACUGGAUGUGAUCAUUGAUGAGGAUGGCGAUGUCGAGUUCCCGGUCGUGGCAGAACUCGAGACGGACGGGCAACGGCGGACGGUGCGAUCGAAGCACUUGGUGGGUGCCGAUGGAGCCCAUUCUGCGGUGCGACGCUGUAUGGGAUUGAAGUUGGAAGGGGAGUCGUUGGACCAUAUCUGGGGCGUGGUCGACCUGGUUAUCGAUACCGAUUUCCCUGAUAUUAGAAGACGCUGUGCGAUUCACUCCCCGGCUGGUUCGGUGAUGGUGAUUCCACGCGAGCGAAUUGUGACGGGUGACUAUUUGACCCGGUUGUAUGUCCAGGUGCCGGAGGAGGCUGCCUCGGCUGAUGAUCAAAAGCCCAUGAAUGGGUCCGCCCUCAAGGAUGCACGAGCCCGUAGGGGUCAGGUCACGCUGGAGGGAAUCUUCCAACAUGCCGCAGAAGCGUUCAAGCCGUACUAUAUCCGACCGAAGGAGACCGGUGCGGUGGAUUGGUGGGCGGCAUAUCAGAUCGGCCAGCGGAUGUCCGAUCAGUUCACCGUGAAAGACUCAAAGGGAGUUAACCGGGUCUUUAUUGUGGGAGAUGGAAUGAAUGUUUCUAUGAUGGACUCUUACAAUCUCGCUUGGAAACUGGCAUAUGCAAUCCACGGACUCACUGCCGACUCGUCCUCGCCCGGAAAACCUGAUGCCGUUCUGGAUACGUACCACACUGAACGCCACACAAUAGCUCAAGAGCUGAUCGAAUUUGAUCGUGCAUUCUCGUCCAUGUUUUCGGGCAAGAUAGGUGGUGCGGAGCAUGGUGUUGACAGCCUGACCCAUGAGCAAUUCCUGGAAGUGUUUAGUACUGGCAAUGGAUUUACCAGUGGGUGUGGGAUAGAAUAUCCCGACAAUCUGACUGUGCAGAAGACGCUUAGUGAAGGCGUAAAGAACCCUAUCGAGGGAACCGAUUACCUUUCUGACACGCCGAUGGCAACAGACGUAACCUGCACGAUGGGUGUUUCUGCUCGGACACUGAGGACGCUAGGGUCCUUUGUGCUACCAAGGUUCCCGGCUUCCGUGAUUGAGCAGGUGGUGAUCCACCCUCGUCUGCCCAGAGAUUUCACUUGGCGUGAUACACCGACAGAGCUGAAGAAACACUCCGAGAUGAGUUUCUACAGUGGCUACGAGAUGGACGACGUGUACAAGAUCUACGGGGUUGAUGCCGCCCAGGGGGCCUUGGCCGUGGUGCGGCCAGAUGGAUACGUGGGCCUGGUGGCUGCCUUGGACGACGUCACUUGGAAUGGCCCCGACGAUCCGGACAAUCCCAAGAAUUGGCCCAUGAAUAGGAAAUGGGCAGCCGUGGUGACAGUCUCCUGCUUUACUUUCAUCUCGCCCGUGUCAUCCUCCAUGGUGGCUCCCGCCCUGAGUUCGAUAUCCGCCGAUUUUCACAUCACCGACGAGGUCAUCUCGCAGCUCACUCUGUCCGUCUUCAUCCUGGCCUACGCGGUGGGGCCGCUCUUCCUGGGACCCCUGUCCGAGAUUUACGGUCGAGUGAUUGUCUUGCAGUUGGCCAACCUACUAUAUCUAGUCUUCAACAUCGGCUGUGGCGUAUCACAGACCAAGGUGCAGAUGAUUGUCUGUCGAUUCUUUGCUGGGUUGGGCGGUAGCGCACCACUGGCGAUUGGUGGCGGUGUUCUCUCGGACUGCUUCAAGCCAGAACAGCGAGGCAAAAGUGUCGCCAUCUACAGUCUUGCGCCCCUACUUGGACCAGCCGUCGGGCCCAUUGCCGGCGGCUUCAUCGCCGAAAACACGACCUGGCGCUGGGUGUUCUACGCGACCUCGAUCGCGGACGGUCUCAUCCAAGUGGCCGGGCUUUUCUUCUUACGGGAAACCUACGCGCCCGUGAUUCUCCAGAAACGCGCCCAGAAGCUCCGCAAGGAAACCAACGACCCCGACUACCAGACCGAAUUCGAGCGGCAGAACAAGACCUUACUCCAGGUCAUGCGCGGCGCACUCAUCCGUCCCUUCCGCCUGCUCGCCACCCAACCCAUCGUCCAGACACUCGCUGCCUACAUGGCCUUCAUCUACGGCACGAUGUACCUCGUCCUCUCGACCUUCCCCUCCCUCUGGACCAGCCCAGACUACUACCACGAGUCCACCGGCAUCGGGGGACUCAACUACAUCUCCCUCGGCUUAGGCUUCUGGCUCGGCUCCCAGAUCUGCGCCCCCCUCAACGACCGCAUCUACCGCCGUCUCAAAGCCCGGAACAACGGCGUCGGCAAACCCGAAUACCGCGUCCCCCUCCUCUACGUCGGCGCGCUCUUCAUCCCCGCCGGCCUCUUCAUCUACGGCUGGACCGCCCAAACCCAUCGCCACUGGAUCGCCCCCAACAUCGGCGCCUGCCUCUACGGCAUGGGCAACAUCAUCACGUUCCAAUGUCUGCAGACGUAUAUCGUGGACGCGUAUACGCGGUAUGCAGCGAGUGCGUUGGCCGCCGUGGCGUGUAUGCGAUCGCUCGCCGGCUUCGGGUUUCCGUUAUUCGCGCCGUAUAUGUACCAGGCGUUGAAUUACGGGUGGGGAAAUAGUGUGUUGGCGUUUAUUGCGAUAGGAUUGGGGGUGCCCGCGCCGGUGUUUCUCUGGCGGUAUGGGGAGAAGUUGCGCAAGAUGAGUACGUAUGCGGCGGGGUAG